AUGGAAGAAAAACCUGGAGAAUCAUUCAAUAACCUUCCACCCGGCUACAGAUUUGAACCCUAUACAAAAGAACUAAUUAAUCAUUAUCUCAAACCCAAGAUCAAUGGCUUUGAUUUGCCUAUGAAUCCCAUACAUGAAGUUGACAAUAUCAAUGUCUACGGUCCUGAAGAUCUCACUGCCAGAUUCAUACCACAAGGAAAAGGAAAAAGUAAAAGUUGGUAUUUUUUCACAUCACGGAAUAGAAAAUACCAUGACGGCAGUCGUCCUGACAAAAAAGCCAGUGAUGGAUUUUGGAAGGCUACCGGAAAAGACCACCCAAUCAUAGAUGAUGAUGGUACGUUGAUCGGACACCAAAAGUCUUUAGUGUAUUUCAAAGGAAAACCUAACAAUAACAAAAAGGAUAAGAAAGAGAAUAAUAAUGAGAAGACGCACUGGCAUAUGCUAGAGUUACGAGUCCCUGAUCAACCCAAAUUAAUACCUAAGAGGAAACGAGAUCAUCAACAAGAAACCAAUACUAGUAUGAGGUUGCAAUGA